UCGUUGAAAUAGCACAGCAAGCUAGCAGUCCGAUCCAAACAAAUGUGCGAUCGUUAACUCGGAGUUUGAGAGUCAAAGUCCUCAUGGCGAUUCGUUGCAUAAACGCUACCAGUUUUUUAUGUCUAUCGAAGCUAACGCUAAUUGGUCGGAAAUGUAAAAAGCUGUUUGGAGAUGUGCUACAUGCCUAUUGAAUUCCUGAACCACUUCUUCCGUGCAUAUGUUUGGCAUACAACCGUACAUCAAUCGGAUUUGUUCCUUCUCAAUAGAUCAAAAUGAUUGAAGUAAAAGUUCUUUACUUGAGUCCUUCAUAUAUCUACCUGAAAUGACCGUUUCACGACAGUGCCAUUAAUAUCGCCAUUUCUUGACUCGUCGCCAAAAUGUCUCGUCUGCUCCACGAUAUUACUCCGGAGUAGUUUGUCAUAGAUACAUCGAUAAUAUUGGGAAAAUCAGCAUGCGAUGCGGUAUAUCAUCCCGUAAACGGUAAAUGGCCGUCCACAAUGUAUUGAAGUACUGAAGCGAAAACAUCAACUGCACCUUUUUGCGAGUUGAAGUUUGCGUCUCUUGCAAGUUCCAAAAGCCUCAAUGUGACUAACACCAGACGAAAAAAAGCGACUGACAGUACACUACCAAGACGACCUACCACCAAGUGGCGACCAUGCUGGAAUCUCUACUGCACCGAUUUUUUAAAACAGACAGCAGUCUAAACGAAGUAAGCACCGUAUCUGAUAAGUCUGGCGAGCAGAUCUCUCAAGAGACGGUGUUUACGCGCGAAGCGGACGUCGAAGGCUGGGUUUUUCUCGCAGAGGAACGACACCUGAAGUCUGGAUCCAAGCCACGUAGCUUUGCCGACGUUGUCGCAACUGGCCGUUUAUAAUUCUUUGCCAGCGUCUUUGCACACCAAACAAACAUAUAAUUACAAAAACAACGACUUACAUUUUUACGCAGCAGUACACGACAAGCACGACAAUAUGAACUUUAGCCCCUGACUCAUAUGACUAUCUGACCUACCUAUCUCUGUUUACUCUCUUACUU